AUGCGCACUGGGCCAGUUCCUAGCUCAGAGACACCUAGGACUAGUAGCCGCGUGACUCGGAUUGAAGAGCCAGUCUGCCAUGGCGAAUGGUCUCCUUGGUUUAAUCAAAAUACUCCGACAAUUUCCGAACCAAAAGACUUGGAACUUUUGUUUCUUAUAAAGGAUGAGUUGUGCCCUCACCCUGAGGAUGUUGGAGUCGUUCAGUGUCAAUACGUUGAUUAUCCCGAGAAGCCACUGAGUGAAUCAGCAGACAAUGUGAUUUGUGAAAAUGAUCUGGGACUGGUGUGUAAAGUUUCUGAAGGAUCUUCACGGAUGUUUUGUGAUGACUACAAAAUUCGCGUUUGCUGCAAGUCACAUGUGUUGACAAUGCCAACAACAAUCAGUGAAACAUCCACUUCUGCACGUGCACCAACAACAGUGUCAGGUACACCGGUUUCUCCUACAACCGUACCGACUGGGCCAAGUCCACACACACAGUCGGCCAUGACAAGUGGCCGUGUGACUGGGACUGAAGGGUUAACAUUAACCACAGCAGCAACAGGAAAACCAAGCACUUCACAAGUCACUGUCAGUGCACGUGCACCAACAACAGUGUCAGGUACACCGGUUUCUCCUACAACCGUCCAGACUGAGCCAAGUCCACACACACAGUUGCCCAUGACAAGUGGCCGUGUGACUGGGACUGAAGGGUUAACAUUAACCACAGCAGCAACAGGAAAACCAGGCACCUCACAAGUCACUGUCAGUGCACGUGCACCGACUACAGUGACAGGUACACCGGUUUCUUCUACAACUGUCCAGACUGGGCCAAGUCCACACACACAGUCGCCCAUGACAAGUGGCCGUGUGACUGGGAUUGAAGGGUUAACAUUAACCACAGCAGCAACAGGAACACCAAGGACUUCACAAGUCACUGUCAGUGCACGUGCACCAACAACAGUGACAGGUACACCGGUUUCUCCUACAACCGCACCGACUGGUUUAACAUUAUCAACAACAACAAGAAAAUCAAGCACUACACAAGUCACCAUCAGUGCACAUGCACCAACUGCAGUGACAGGUACAACGUUUUCUCCUGCAACCAUCCGCACUGAGCCAGUCUGCCAUGGCGAAUGGUCUCCUUGGUUUAAUCAAAAUACUCCGACAGUUUCCGAACCAAAAGACUUGGAACUUUUGUUUCUUAUAAAGGAUAAGUUGUGUCCUCACCCUGAGGAUGUUGGAGUCGUUCAGUGUCAAUACGUUGAUUAUCCUGAGAAGCCACUGAGUGAAUCAGAAGACAAUGUGAUUUGUGAAAAUGACCUGGGACUGGUGUGUAAAGUUUCUGAAGGAUCUUCACGGAUGUUUUGUGAUGACUACAAAAUUCGCGUUUGCUGCAAGUCACAUGUGUUGACAAUGCCAACAACAAUCAGUGAAACAUCCACUUCUGAGUUAACAUUAACCACAGCAGCAACAGGAAAACCAGGAACCUCACAAGUCACUGUCAGUGCACGUGCACCAACAACAGUGUCAGGUACACCGGUUUCUCCUACAACCGUACCGACUGGGCCAAGUCCACACACACAGUCGGCCAUGACAAGUGGCCGUGUGACUGGGACUGAAGGGUUAACAUUAGCCACAGCAGCAACAGGAAAACCAGGCACCUCACAAGUCACUGUCAGUGCACGUGCACCAACAACAGUGUCAGGUACACCGGUUUCUCCUACAACCGUACCGACUGGGCCAAGUCCACACACACAGUCGGCCAUGACAAGUGGCCGUGUGACUGGGACUGAAGGGUUAACAUUAACCACAGCAGCAACAGGAAAACCAAGCACUUCACAAGUCACUGUCAGUGCACGUGCACCAACAACAGUGUCAGGUACACCGGUUUCUCCUACAACCGUCCAGACUGGGUCAAGUCCACACACACAGUCGCCCAUGACAAGUGGACAUGUGACUGGGAUUGAAGGAUUAACAUUAUCAACAACAACAGGAAAAUCCAGCACGACUCAAGUCGCUGUCAGUGCACAUGCACCAACUGCAGUGACAGGUACAACGUUUUCUCCUGCAACCAUGCGCACUGGGCCAGUUCCUAGCUCAGAGACACCCAUGACUAGUGGCCUUGUGACUUGGAUUGAAGGGUUAACAUCAUCAACAACAACAGGAAAAUCCAGCACGACACAAGUCACCGUCAGUGCACAUGCACCGACUGCAGUGACAGGUACAACGUUUUCUCCUGCAACCAUGCGCACUGGGCCAGUUCCUAGCUCAGAGACACCCAUGACCAGUAGCCGUGUGACUUGGAUUGAAGGUUUAACAUUAUCAACAACAACAGGAAAAUCCAGCACGACACAAGUCACCGUCAGUGCACAUGCACCAACUGCGGUGACAGGUACAACGUUUUCUCCUGCAACCAUGCGAACUGGGCCAGUUCCUAGCUCAGAGACACCCAUGAGUAGUAGCCGUGUGACUUGGAUUGAAGGUUUAACAUUAUCAACAACAACAGGAAAAUCCAGCACGACACAAGCCACCGUCAGUGAGCCAGUCUGCCAUGGCGAAUGGUCUCCUUGGUUUAAUCAAAAUACUCCGACAAUUUCCAAACCAAAAGACUUGGAACUUUUGUUUCUUAUAAAGGAUAAGUUGUGUCCUCACACUGAGGAUGUUGGAGUCGUUCAGUGUCAAUACGUUGAUUAUCCUGAGAAGCCACUGAGUGAAUCAGCAGACAAUGUGAUUUGUGAAAAUGAUCUAGGACUGGUGUGUAAAGUUUCUGAAGGAUCUUCACGGAUGUUUUGUGAUGACUACAAAAUUCGUGUUUGCUGCAAGUCACAUGUGUUGACAAAGCCAACAACAAUCAGUGAAACAUCCACUUCUGGGUUAACAUUAACCACAGCAGCAACAGGAAAACCAAGCACUUCACAAAUCACUGUCAGUGCACGUGCACCAACAACAGUGUCAGGUACACCGGUUUCUCCUACAACCGUCCAGACUGGGUCAAGUCCACACACACAGUCGCCCAUGACAAGUGGCCGUGUGACUGGGAUUGAAGGACCAAUUCCAGUCACAGAGACACCCAUGACUAGUAGCCGUGUUACUCGGAUUGAAGGGAUAACAUCAACAGCAGCAACAGGAAGAUUAAGCACUUCACAGAUCACCAUCAGUGCACAUGGUCCAACAACUGUGACAGGUGCACUAACUUCUCCUGCGACCAUCCAUACUAGCCCAAGUCCAGGCACAGAGAUACCCAUAACUGUUGGUCAUGUUACUCCGAUUAGUGGGUCAACAUCAACCGCAAUGACAGGAACAUCAGUAUUACCUGAGACCUCCACUACUGGUACCAGCCUUUCAACCCUUAUAAGUCCUACACCUGAAACUGUAACACCUACAUGUAAGAUUGGACUGGAUCCAAAUAACUCAUGUGUUUCCUACAGCUGUGAAAAUAAUGUGCAAAUAGUUCAUAAAGUGGAGUGUACAUUUAACCCAGAGUGUCCUGAGUCUGAAAAAGUCUGGGAUGAAUUUCAUUGCUGCUAUUCAUGUCCUAAAAAAGCCAAAUUAUGUAAACCCGUCCCUUAUAAUACAACUAUUAAGGAGGAAUCCUGUGAACCAGCUGUUAUUGAUCUCAGAAGAUGUGAAGGAUAUUGUAGAGGAACAGCUGAGUACGAUGUUGACCUAGGUGAUAUAAAGCACGCAUGUACAUGCUGUCAAGAAGAUGAGAUAGAAGAAAGACAAAUCGAGCUGCAGUGUGGCACUGCCCAGCACAUCAUUAACUAUAUCUACAUCAAGUCCUGUGUAUGCAAAUAAAAUCAUCACCAACAGUAAUUAAUAGUGUGACAUUGAAUUCACUCACCCACAUAUGUUCUGAUGGUUCAGAAAAGUGAAAUUUACUUAAACUGAGAACAUUUCUUUAACAAUAUAGCGAUUAACUUGAUCAGAAUAUUAUGUGCAUGACAACAAAAUGAAACUUAAAA